GCUCCGCCGCCCGCUCGGGCACCGCGCCAGGAUGGGCCACACUUCCGCCGCCGCUUCCUCUUCCGUGCCCGCGCUCGGGCUCACCAAGGCCAACGCCGUCGAGCUGCCCCAGGUCACCUUCACCGGCAAAGACACCGACUUCUCCGCCUGGACGGGCGACAUCCUGGCCGUCGCGGUCACGGAGAAGGACCUGUCCAAAGGGCCGGACUCCAAGUUCGAGAACGCCGCGCUGAAGAAGCUGGACGAGCAGCUGGGCGGCCUCCUCUCAGACGCCUCCGCCGAGGAGGACUUCACGGGCAAAUCCGGGCAGUCGGUGGUGCUCCGCCUCUCCGGGCAGGGGUUCAAGAGGCUGGGCCUGAUCGGGCUCGGCCAGACCGCCCCGUCCACCGCCCUGGCCUGCCGCGGCAUCGGGGAGUCCGUCGCUUCGCUUGCCAAGUCCGCUCAGGCUGCCAGCGUCGCCAUCGUUCUUGCUGGGAUCCAGGAGGAGUUCAAGCUGAAUGCGGCCGCGUCCAUCGCUUCCGGAACUGUGCUGGGGUUGCACGAGGACAGCAGGUUCAAGGCUGAGGCGAAGAAGGUGCAUCUGAAGCAAGUCGAUCUUAUUGGACUGGGUUCCGGUCCGGAGGUGGACCAGAAACUCAAGUAUGCCAAUGAUCUUUGCUCGGGCGUGAUAUUCGGGAAAGAGCUUGUCAAUGCGCCUGCAAAUGUCCUCACCCCUGCUGUGCUUGCGGAGGAGGCAGCAAAGAUUGCUUCUACAUACAGUGAUGUAUUCACUGCCACCAUACUAGAUGAGGAGAAAUGCCAAGAGCUAAAGAUGGGCUCCUACUUGGGAGUUGCUGCAGCUUCUGCAAACCCUCCUCGCUUUAUCCACUUGUGCUACAAACCCGUUGGUGGUAAUGUCAAGAGAAAGCUGGCUAUUGUUGGGAAGGGUCUAACUUUUGACAGUGGCGGCUACAACAUCAAGACUGGACCAGGCUGCAGUAUCGAACUGAUGAAGUUUGACAUGGGAGGCUCUGCUGCAGUAUUUGGUGCAGCAAAAGCUUUGGCCCAAAUCAAGCCUCCUGGAGUAGAGGUUCAUUUUAUUGUUGCUGCCUGUGAAAAUAUGAUUAGUGGGACAGGAAUGAGACCUGGUGACAUUUUGACUGCCUCUAACGGAAAAACAAUCGAGGUAAAUAACACUGAUGCAGAAGGAAGGCUUACACUUGCUGAUGCUUUGGUCUACGCUUGUAAUCAAGGUGUUGACAAGGUUGUUGAUCUGGCAACACUAACCGGUGCCUGUGUUGUUGCACUUGGGCCUAGCAUUGCUGGAAUCUUCACACCGAGUGAUGAACUAGCCAAGGAAAUCACUGCUGCAUCUGAGAUAUCAGGGGAGAAGUUCUGGAGAUUGCCAAUGGAAGAGAGCUACUGGGAAGGGAUGAAGUCCGGUGUGGCUGACAUGGUCAACACCGGCGGCCGACAGGGUGGUUCUAUCACCGCUGCCCUCUUCCUGAAACAGUUUGUCGACGAGAAGGUCCAGUGGAUGCAUAUCGACAUGGCGGGGCCGGUAUGGAGCGACAAGAAGAAGACAGGCACUGGAUUCGGCGUGUCCACCUUGGUGGAGUGGGUUGUCAAGAACUCGUCCUGAAUCAACAUUUCCCGUGAUUUCCAUUGGUGGUGACACCACACAGAGGAGAAGAAAACUGAGCAGUGUUCAUCCAAAUACCAGGGAAAUGAUUUUAGUGGCUUCUGGCAUGUGAAGUGGAGCGAUAGAAUAAGGAAAGGAUAAUGGUGGGAAAUAAAACAGCAUGUUGUUGAAC